GAUGUGAGUGAUGCUUUUUGGGUCUUAAUUAAUGUUAUUAUAUGUUACAAUAUAUUCAUACGUAUUAUAUGGCAAUAUAAUAUAUCAUUUGUUUAUUUAUAUAUAAUAUGGUCAUAAUGUUUGUCUGUUGUCCCAGCGUAGUUAAAAGUUUUAAUAAUGUCUGAACAUCUUUAGGAAAAUAAUAGUGUCUUACAGACAUGCAGUCAUAUGAUGAUGUCAAAGAGUUCAUUAAAAAACAUGUUAAGUCAGAUUUUGGGUUCCAUCUUUAAGAGUCCAUACAAGCCAUCAUCUUACUACAAUUGAACCAAAAAUAUUUUGUCUUAUAUUCGUUCAUCCUCUUCUGCUUAAUAUCAAGUGAGAAAUUAACACAGUCAGAAAUAUGCAUUUUUUUAGACUGUGGGAAAAACGCACUAGAAAGUACCAAAAAAAAUUUAAAAAAUUUAGUACCCACAGAAAGUCUGCGCUGAGGAAACCCUUAGUUCUCUUUUAGCUGUAAAAAAAGAACUAAUCACUCAAUUUUCUUCUGGCCUAAUAUUUCUAAUCCUCUCGUCCAAACUCUCUUGGCCUAGCUUCACUAACUUUAUCUCUGGAUUCUAACCACCUGAAUCCACACCCUGUUAUUUACCCAUUACUUAGACUGUUUGCAGCGUCUUUUGCUUGAACAACCUCCACUCUCCCCAUGUCUUUGUGUGGGUCAGUCUGCCGUCUGGUGGUCACAGGACCAGGUUCUGUUAUCAGAGGAUCCAUGUUUCUGAAAGCUACCGUUUCUCCCCAGUUACAGGUUGAUGAGUUAAAUGCAGAGGUUGUGUGUAUGUGUCUGUACGUAGUUAAAUGUUCAGCCACGCCAUUGUCUCACCAAAGUACACAAUGAUUAGCGCAGCGUAAGCAGUUAGCAGAGCACAGAGCUGGGACUAUGGUGUUUGGAAAACACUAGUGGAGGCAUACAAAGCUCAGGUCUGAUGCCUGACCAGCUGUCAGAGAGGCGGGUUCGUCCCACCGUGACAACGACCCCCCCGUCUCCCUCCUGUUGUCUUUUUUAAACUAACCCCAGUAUGGGCUCACGGAAGAUGCUAAAGUUUGCUUUUUGCGAGGUGGUACAGUUUGUCGGUCUAUGUGUGCCCCUCUUCAUCAUCAUGCAGAGGUUUGCCGUGAUCGUGGCGCUGGUGAAAACCUCGGCCAAGCCUCCAGGAGACGGCGGCACGGCCUACUGGUUGAUCGUGGCCUCCUCGGUUGCCUACGUCACCUCCACAGCCCUGCUGGUCUGGGUUCCCCUGAAGUACAUGGUCUUCAUUAAAAAGAAGUUUCUCGUCAGCAGAAAAGAGUGGAGGCCCGUGGCCCUGGUGUAUGUGGUCCUGUCCACGUUGCCCUGCUUUGCCUUCCUUAUUGCCAGCUCUGAGGUUCAGAGGAAUAACAACAUGAAACAUGACAUGUUCAUGGAGCUCCCCGUGUCACUGGUUCUCUUCUCCCUCAUCUGCAUGGAUGUAGUGGAGAGGUUACGUUACUGCUAUCUGACUGGCCAGGCUACCGUCACGACUGGACAUUCAGACAUUCCCUCCACGGUCCUCACGCACGUGCAGCCAGUUUUACCAGUAACACCGAUCACUCCAGCUGCUCCAGGGCCAGCUGUGCCUGGACACCCAGUGGUAAACCAGCUCAGUGACAGGGGCCAGAACAGAGCCGGGAUCAGACCUGAGACCAACCUAGGAACGUUCACUGUCCCUGGACUGGGCCUACAGACAGUGGACCCACAGUAUCGACGGUCUCCGUAUGACUACGCAGGUCCAAUGAGCUUCCUGUGCGUCGGUGACAACAGAGCAGAUGUCUUCGUGGACAGCUUUAUGUUCUGGAUGGACACCGUGGAGAUGGUGAGGGUGGCGGGCCAUCCACAGGUCUUCUACUCCAGCUGGGUGUUUCCCAUCUUUAUCCUCAGCUACCUGUCGUGCCUGCGUGUGGUGGUGACACCUCACAGCCCACUGCUCUCCACACUGGGAGUAGCUCUACAGGACUUUCCCUUUUUCGUCGUGCGUGUUGGCCUGGUCACCUUCUUUGGCUUUGUCACUCCAGUCCUGUUUCUGCUGAAGAACCUGUUGGUCUGCAUGGCCUUCGUCUACUUCAACUUCAUGACCAAAAUGAGGGUCUUCAAUACAGAGAGGAUGUCGCUGUAAAUUCAGAACUUCCAGCCGGGACACAGCGGAACACAAAACUGGAACAAUGUGACGCCAACACCUCAUUUGUUAUGUUGUUUUAUUUAUAGUAUUUCACGUAUUUUUUGACGACUUUGGAUUAUUUAAAUUCAUAGAGAUUUGUUGAUUGUUUUUGUUAAACAAGAAAUAUGUGAAGUAUAUUUUUAUAUAUUAGAAGUGUUUCUGAUUUAAUAGAAUCCAUAAAGAAAAGUAUUUGUAUGGUUGAAUGGUGUUUGUCAGGAAAGACACAAUGUUUCAAGUCCGUUUUGACUUCUUUGUGUGAAACUGAUAUUAAACUAAGGUUGUUUAUGUCCAUUUUCAUUGGAAUUUAGUUCUCUAGAGAAAACACUUUCCUUUCCUCUUCCUCUAAAAUGUCGAACACUGUCUCUUCCUGUAGUUCUGCAGCAAUGUGGUCGACUGACACACCUGCAGAACCUUCAUCAAAUGACAUCAAAUAUUUGGACACUGAUGCCACGAGACUGGGCUGGACAGGCAAACAGACCAGAAUUGUGGUAAAGGAAAAUCCUCUUCAUCAACCAACCAAUCAAUCAAUCACUUCAUUAUUCUUGAAACAAUGUUACUGAUAUUUGAAUCAACUGUACUGCAGACGCCUCUGUGUUCUCUGAAAACAGAUAUUCUCCACUUGCGUUCCCCUAAUAGGAAGCAGGAUUUCCUCCUCUCCUCUUGUUCUCCUGACCUGUAUCUGUACAUUUCACUCAAAGCAUUAUGGACCUUUGGGAAGGCCAAACUGGGGAAGAGAGCCUUGGGGGAGGGAGGGAGGGUAAAACACACCGUACAUCAAAACAGCCACAUCAGCAGCUGCAAAUAAGGUUGAUUAUCAUUUCCAUUAAAUUUUUCACCUAUAUACAUUUAAUAACCAUUAUUUAACCAGUUCUUAUUUACGAUGUCAGUCAAUGGAACAGAAUUUCUUUAUACACAUAGCUAUUCAGAUAUUCAAACCAAUAAUAAACUGUAUGAAAUAGGCUUGUGAAGAAAAUAUUGAUACAUUGAAAUAUCACCAUUUCAUUUGACAAUACAAUAUUGAUAUUACACUGUAUUUAAAAUAAAUACAAAAAUCACACUGCACCGUACAAACCCCCCUAAACCUUCCUUCGGGUGAUGAGUCUGCUGGAAGGUACCAAGUGCCCUAACCGGGAUUCAAUCCUACCCAGGAGGUGAACACUAGGGUUCCACACCAAUGACGGAGACAUUGCCUCUGGGCCAAAGCACCACACAAUCACUAAUUCUGUUGGAUAAUAUAUUAUAUAAAAUAUAUAAAAAUAUGCUCAAUAUAAUUAUCAGAUUACAUAAAUACACAGAACAAAAUAUUCUUUUUUUAUAUUGCUCUAAUUGUUUGCU